GUUUCCGUUUCGAACAGAAUUGGUCUGUUUAGCGUUUGUGCAGCCGGAAGCUGUAUGUAUCAAACACAGCCAAUUCCACGCUGCGAAUAAAGCCUAACGCCAUGUUUGGAUUUUCUGGGUCAGCUUCGCCCUCCCCCGCCCGCCGAAUCCGCUCUUAGAUAAACAAUCUGUGGCAUUCAUCGCUGCUCCUCUCCCUUAUCGGCUCUCUCCACUGUGUUAUCUUUCUUUCAUCCUGCGGCCGAAAGACGACUUAAUUUGCUCGGAGCUCCCUAUUGACUGACGGCUUUGGAAUCAGUCCACUCCAGUCAGGUGGAUUUCAGCUCUGAAUUCAGUAUCUAGUAUGCUAACAAUCGGAAAUAAGACGAAUCUUUGAUUACCCAUUCCGAAAAAAACUCAGUGCAAGUCUUGGGUUUUCCAGAUCACUUGCUCCGCGCUUUGCCCCUGCUUCAAAUUCCUUUCUUUUCAAGACCCAUUUGCUUGUUUUGCAUGCUUGAUUGUAAAAUUGAUGUCCUUUUAGGGAAGAUGGAGGUCGAUCAAGCAAUCAGAGGGAGCGAUGACAUGAGGCUCAAGACCAAGUAUAACAACGCCAUCUAUGUUAUUCAAAGAGCUCUGGCUCUAUACUCGAUCGAAGAGGUCGCCUUAAGCUUCAAUGGAGGGAAAGAUUCAACUGUUCUGUUGCACCUACUUAGGGCUGGCUACUUCUUACAUAAGGGUGAACAAAGUUGUUCAAAUGGGGGAUUGACUAGUUUCCCAUUGAGAACAAUAUAUUUUGAGAGUCCUUCAGCUUUUCCAGAAAUUAACACGUUCACCUAUGACGCAGCUUCAAGAUAUGGCUUGCAACUGGAUAUCAUACGCUCAGAUUUCAAGUCUGGUUUGGAAAAUCUCUUUAAAGCAAAUCCAAUUCGAGCAAUUUUCCUUGGUGUCCGAAUUGGUGAUCCAACUGCGGUCGGACAAGAACAGUUCUCCCCCAGUUCACCUGGAUGGCCCCCUUUUAUGCGAGUUAAUCCUAUCUUGGAUUGGUCUUACAGGUUUAAGCUUGUACUAUAUGUCAGGAUUUUGACUUGUUCUGUCUGUUGGCAGGGAUGUUUGGGCAUUUCUUUUGACAUGCAAGGUCCAGUAUUGCAGUCUUUACGACCAAGGGUAUUUACUUUCUUUAUGUUCCUGAAGUGCUUACCUUACUACUUAGUAUUUCUCAGGUUGAUCCGAUUACCGAUUUCUUUUACCAACAGGUAUACUUCAAUUGGAAGCAUACACGAUACAACUCCAAACUCGUUGCUUUGUAUCAGCGACUCUUCCGGACAUAAGGAAAAAUUCAAACCUGCAUAUUUGCUUUCUGAUGGAAGAUCAGAAAGAGCAGGAAGGGUGAAGAAAUGUUCUCCUAUAUCCCAAAGUUCUCCAGUUGCCGAAGAUGGCCUGGAUGAUCCAGAGUCCCAAGUAAAGAGAAUGCGCACAGGAUCGGCUAUUGCCGUAGGGGAUGAGAUUCUAUCUGGUGCUGUUCAGGAUGAAUUGGGACCUUUGUUGUGCCGAAAGCUCCGUUCAAUUGGUUGGUCAGUAUCACAAACGACUGUAGUUCGGAAUGAUAUUGAUUCUGUUGCUGAAGAAGUUGAAAGGCAGAAAUCUUCAAAUGACCUGAUAUUCAUAUAUGGUGGUGUGGGCCCCUUGCAUUCUGAUGUUACCUCAGCAGGUGUUGCCAAGGCUUUUGGGGUCCGCCUGGCUCCUGACGAAGAGUUUGAAGAGUACCUAAGGCAUGUAAUAGGCAAACAUUUCACUGGUGACCGCAAUGAGAUGGCUCUGCUGCCUGAAGGAAUCACUGAACUAUUGCACCAUGAAAACCUGUCGGUGCCUUUGAUCAAGUGUCAGAAUGUAGUCCUGCUGACUGCAACCAAUCCAACCGAGCUGGAAAAGGAAUGGGAGUGUUUGGUUGAUUUCACAAAGUCUGUAUUGACAUUGAUGGAACCAUAUGAAUCAAAGAGCUUAACCACCCAUCUUUCAGAUGUCGAAAUUGCCCAAUCAUUAUCGAAACUUUGCAUGCAGUACCCAGACCUGAAUAUUGUGUGUUAUCGAAAGUCCAGAGCAGGCCCCCUUGUGAUCAGCUUUGAAGGCAAGGAGGAAGCAAGGAUUGAAUCAGCAGCAGAGGCAUUGCGCAAGAAGUUCCAGGAUGGAGUUUUCUCUGAAACCUAACCGCAAGUAGAUUGAUGACUAGAGUGUUAUCCCUGUAAGGAAGAAGCCCUAGAUCCUGCAAGAUAGCUCUCACUCAAGUCAUAGGUGUUGUAGUUAAAGAAGGAAGAUGGAUGGUAAGGGGUAAGAUAGCCAGUGGCUCGCUUUGGUGAAAUAUUGAGCGCUUGCUCGUCUAAGACCCCCUCAGCUGGUCAAGAAAUGCCUUUGUAGUUUGUAUUGUCUGCCAUUGUUAUAGGGCCAGGAUGGUAAUGCAUUUAAAACAAAGACAGCCCUUUCUCCUCCUAGAUCGUCAGAUUUGUCAUAUUUUUAUCAUCGGUCUUGUUUUCCCGAUCCCUCUGGUUUUUUUAUAUUAUGGUUUUCAUUUUACUUGGAGGUCAAUUUAUAAGUAGAUUUGUUGGUUUGUUGCCUAAUAGUAAAAGUCUCAUGAACUUAAACUUAGUAAUUAGUAUAUAAAUAGCACAAGUGUGUAAAAGGGAUUUGUUAGGGUGUAGAUGAUGCAUUAUAGAUUAUGCAAGUGCCCCCUUUCGCAAGUACUAUAUUAAAGGUUUUUCCCCCCUUUCUCCCA